GCGCACUCCCCAGGCGCGGUGCGGGCGCGGCUCCCGGUGCUCGGCCCCGGCGCCGCCGGCGGGUUUUAUGCGCAGGGCGGCCGGCGGGCCGGCGGGGGUGGGAGGAGCCGGGCAGGUUGUGCCCGCCGGGCCCUCCUCCCUCGCUCCCUCCCCGCCCGGCGGAGAGGGGUCGGGGGAGGGGGCAGCAUGGCCUGUCCGUCCGGCCCCUUUUCCAGCGCUCAUCUGCCCCGGGAGUGCGGCGCCGCUCCUCGCAGGGAGAAGAGGUCCGAAUGGAGACAGACGGCAGCCAGCCCGGCCUCGCCUCCCCGGACUCCCCGCACGACCCCUGCAAAAUGUUCAUCGGGGGACUGAGCUGGCAGACCACGCAAGAGGGCUUGCGGGAGUACUUCAGCCAGUUCGGUGAGGUGAAGGAGUGCCUGGUGAUGCGGGACCCGCUGACAAAGAGAUCCAGGGGCUUCGGGUUCGUCACGUUCAUGGACCAGGCUGGCGUCGACAAGGUCCUGGCCCAAUCCAGACAUGAACUGGACUCCAAGACGAUUGACCCGAAGGUAGCGUUCCCACGCCGAGCACAGCCCAAGAUGGUGACUCGAACGAAGAAGAUAUUUGUGGGUGGUCUGUCCGUGAACACUACUGUGGAGGAUGUGAAACAGUAUUUUGAGCAGUUUGGGAAGGUGGAUGAUGCGAUGCUGAUGUUCGACAAGACAACCAACCGACACCGAGGUUUUGGGUUUGUCACAUUUGAAAGUGAAGACAUUGUGGAAAAAGUGUGUGAAAUCCACUUCCAUGAGAUCAACAACAAAAUGGUGGAGUGUAAAAAAGCCCAGCCGAAGGAGGUGAUGUCCCCAACGGGCUCAGCACGAGGGCGGUCCCGAGUCAUGCCUUACGGGAUGGAUGCCUUCAUGCUCGGGAUCGGCAUGCUGGGUUAUCCAGGCUUCCAAGCUGCCACCUACGCGAGUCGAAGUUACACUGGCAUUGCACCUGGCUACACUUACCAGUUCCCUGCAAUCCCCCUCACUGCGUAUGGACCAAUGGCGGCAGCAGCAGCUGCGGCAGCCGUGGUGCGAGGGACAGUUUUGCUGCCUCCCCUAGGUUCCACCCCUAGUCGCACCGGUGGAUUUCUGGGCACCACCAGCCCUGGGCCGAUGGCAGAGCUUUAUGGAGCCGCUAACCAGGACUCAGGGGUCAGCAGUUACAUCAGCGCUGCCAGUCCAGCCCCGAGCACCGGCUUCGGCCACAGCCUAGGGGGUCCCUUGAUUGCAACAGCUUUUACCAAUGGGUAUCACUGAAGCUGGGGACGAAGAAGGCAGGAGAUUCCCCAGUGACCUAACCGAGGACAGCGGCUGGAGGAUCUGGUGAGCCUCGGGGGAUGAGCCAAGGUUACCUUUUUCUUGAAUCAAACUGCACACUGCUGGCUGGCUGCCAGGCUCCUGCCGCCCUGCCCUGAUCUCUCCCUUUGACCAGACCACACUGGACUGAACCUGAGGAGAUCAUCUCGCUUUCUUACUAACCACCGACGGUUUACGCUUCCCCCCUCCCUGCCCCCAGCCCACCAAUUCUUCUUUUAUUUAUUUUAUUAGCGGUUAGUUUUAUUUUUUUAUUUUAUUUUUUUAUCUUUUUUUUGGGGCUACCCCUUCUUUUUGUUGUUUGCUCUUUCCCGAGCUAGUAGACAUAUUUUAUGAAUUGGCUUUGUGAUUGUGUUAGGUAGUUUUUAUUGAGGAGUAUUUUUAUUUGGCUUUGAAACUGUUUUGAAUAUUUUCAACUCUGUUGUUGUUGUUGUCAGUGUUUUUAAAGCACGGUAUGUAACAAGAAUGCAGUUCUGAAGGAAAGAAAGAGACACAGAACAAAGGCUGAGAGGAACUGAUGUAUUUCUAUUUUUUUUUAAAGAAACUGUUUUUAAUUGUUUCUGUUUUGUAAAUGUGAGGCUUUGAAAAGUGUGAAACUCCAAGGAUCUGAAAACGUUGGACAUCGCUAUGGAACAAAACAAAUGUAUAUUUUGCUAAGUGAAAAACACUAUCCUUACAGCUGAAAGAUUUUUUUUUCCCUAGGUUUAGUUUUCUGUGGGGUUUUCUUUUUCCUCCUGUAUAAUAUGUAAAUAUCGUGAGCUGAACCUGGCUGCCGCCUGCAGCCUGGCUCCAAGGAGCAGCUCCAGGUCCUGGACUUGGUGCCGCAGUGUGAGCAAUACUCUCCAGCAGAAUCCUGACAGGACUCCGUUCUUUUUUUGUACACCUUUUACUGUAAGAUUUUAAGACCUCUGAUGAGAUGGAAGGGGGGGUGGGGGCGGGGGUGAAACGUGCUGGCCAUCGGCUGUUUUGCUGAGCGGGUUAAAGCUGCUUCCAAUUGCUCGAUGUACAGACUCCAUCACUGGGCUCCGUAGUGCCAGCCUCUGGUUUGGCUUUAGGUAAAGGGCUUUACCGCCAUUGCUUGUCUUGGUUACUUUGAAAGGAAUUCACUCUCCAAACACUAUCGCUUGUGUCAAGAUUUCCUGGGAAAGGGGGUCCUCCUCCAGAGGCGAGGGUAUCGGAAGGGGUGUCAGCCAGGGCCGGGGGAGGUUUGGGUGGUCGUU